AUGUCCCCCCCAACCUCCCCAACACGCAUCCUAAUCCUCGGCUCCGGCGUCGUCGGCUCCUCCCUCGCCUCCCACCUCUCCUUCCUCACCCACCCCUCCCACACCCUCCCCCCCGGCUACACAGUCCAAGUCCUCUCCCCCCCCACCCUCACAACAUCCACCUCCCUGGCCCCUGGUCUAAUAGGGCAACUCAACGCCCUCCCCUCCCUGACCACUCUCGCCAAAUCCAGCGUCCGCGCCUACCUCACUCUCCCACAGGGGGCGUUCAACCAAGUCGGGGGGUUAGAGAUAGCCUCUACGCCCGAGGGGAUCAAGAUUGCUGGACUUGCGCCACAAUUCCACGACCGGGAUGGAGUGUCGAAGGGUCUUUAUUUCCCGAGUGAUGGCGUAGCGGAGCCGUCACGCAUCGUGGACGCCUACCAGGUCUCCGCGCGCGCGAACGGGGUGGAAUUCAUCGAAGCCACCGCGCUUGGGAUAAAACUCCUCAACGGGGUAGCAAAGGGCGUCAACACCUCCGCCGGCUUCAUAGGCGCCGACAAGAUCAUCGUCGCCAGCGGGAUCUGGAGCGCCGACCUCCUAAAAGAUUUGUUUCACACCCCCGUCAUCCCCGUCGCGCACCCGUACAUCCACGGCUCCCCUCGCCCAGUCAGGGGUACAGCAAGUCCGUUCGUGCGCUGGCCGGAGAAGGGUGUUUAUGGCCGCGAUCACGGGGCGUGUGAGGGGUUUAGGACGUAUGAUCAUGCGCCUCUUCCUGUUGAUGCUGGGGAGGGGGCGGAGAAGGGGUGGGUUCCCGAGUUUGACGACGCUGUUGGGAGGGCGCUGGGGUUGUUCCCUGAGGAAACGAGGAGGGGGUUGACAGCCGAGGGGGGGAGGAGGUUCAAUGGCGUCUUCGCGGUGACACCCGAUGGACUCCCCGUGGCUGGACCGGUGGGGGGUGUGAAGGGCCUUUGGGUGGCGGCGGGGGUGUGGGUUACGCAUGCGAUGGGUGUUGUGGAGUUGAUUGCUAAGAUGGUUUUGAAGGAGGAGAGGAGGGAGAGGAGGGGUUAUGAGGAGGGGGAUGAGGACAGGGAUGUGGAGUGGGAUGAUGAGGAUGAGGUGGAGGAGGUGGAGGUGGUGGAUGAGGAGGAGGAGGGGUUGAGGAGGGCGUUGGAUCCGGGGAGGUUUGGGGGGAGUGGGGUGGAGGAGCUGAGGAGGGAGGCGGGGGGGAGGUAUAAUGAUAUAUAUAAUUUGAUGGAGUAA